ACUGACCCUAGCUCAGCUCGUUCUGCUGGCGCACAGGAGGAACAAACAGGAGCGCUGGGAUUGGCUCGCUGCAUUCGUCUACUACCACUGGACGGGAUGCGACCACCUGAUGGUGUGCGUCUUCGUGACCAGUUAGUUGUGCGACGUGUCAAAUAA